GGAGGGAGGGGUUUGUGACUACGUGAGCAGACGAGUCCGUAUAAUGAAAGGCAGGGCGUGAUUUCUGUCCACUUGUCUUACUGGAGCGCACAAGGCUUUGUUCAAGAUGGAUCGGGCAAGAUCAGCAGUAACAAACUUCAUUGGCAGAUACCCUCUUUCCUACACCCGCUUCAGCCUUACGCAGCAGAAUGAUGGAGAUGCUAGUCAAGUAGAAAUUAAGCUUGCUGACGAUGAAGAGUGUGGAGACACAACCUUGGGAGAGCCUGUUGUGAAGCAGAGGCCAAAAAAUAACUGUAAAAGGAUCUGCAUGAAAAUUCUUUUUGGGUCUUUCUUAAUCUUGCUUGGAUUUCUUAUUGGCUAUUUAACUCACAGAGGGCGCAAUUCUUCUCUGCAAUCCAAGAACUCAGAAACGGUGGCAUGCUCUGCUGUAAAUGACUGUAACCCAAUACCUCCUAAUAAUGAGGAUGAAACUAAUAUGGAAGCAGAAAUUCCCAGUGUGCUCCAUUGGAGUGAUCUGGCACCCAUCUUAAAAGUCAAGAUAGAGAAUCUACUUCCAGAGAAUAAAAUUGAGAAACUAUCUAAGAUGUCUCGUGAAGCUGGCAGCAGCAAUGAAGAGAGUGUAGCCUUAAUGGUGCAUGAGGAGUUUGGGCAGAUGUCCUUGGAUAAAGUGUGGAAUGAUGAACAUUAUGUUAAGCUACAGGAGCCUGGAAGCUUACCAAAUAAAGUAACAAUUGUGAGCAGCACAGAAGAGACUUUACAGACUUCUGCAUAUGUCGCCUAUAGCCCGGCAGCAACUGUAAAUGGAAACCUAGUGUAUUGCCAUUAUGGCCGUAAGGAAGACUUCAAAGCCAUAACAGAAAAGAAGAUUGAUCUUUCUGAAAAUCUCGUCCUUGUACGCUCUGGAUUCAUCAGCUUUGCUGAAAAGGUUAAAAAUGCAGAGCUCAAUGGAGCCAGGGGAGUAUUAAUCUAUCCUGAGCCAUCCGACUUCACAUUCCCACUCCAUCAAAGUGGGUUUAUAGAGACUCCUUUUGGACACGCUCAUUAUGGAACUGGGGAUCCAUACACACCUGGUUUUCCAUCAUUCAACCACACACAGUUUCCUCCAUCCAAAUCAUCAGGACUCCCAAGCAUUCCUGUUCAAACUGUUUCUAGUGAAGAUGGCAAGAAACUGCUAGAGAAACUUGUUGGGGAUAACUGCCCAGGAACUUGGCAAGUUGCAUGUAAACUUGGGCCCCAGAUGAGAGACGCACAAAACAUUAAACUUGAAGUGACGAAUGUUCCGGUUGAAAAGAAGAUCUAUAAUAUAUUUGGUGUUAUUCAAGGCUUUGAGCAGCCAGAUCACUAUGUGGUGGUGGGUGCUCAGAGAGAUUCACAGGGCCCAGGAGUCUCCAAAGCAGCUGUUGGGACGUCUUUACUUUUGGAAUUGGCAAGGCUGUUCUCUGAUAUGGUGAAAUCAGAUGGGUUUAGACCAAGAAGAAGUAUUGUAUUUGCAAGUUGGGGAGCAGGUGACUUUGGAUCUGUUGGUGCAACAGAAUGGCUAGAGGGUUACUUAAAUAAUCUCCAUCUCAAGGCCUUUUCAUAUAUCAAUCUUGAUUCAGCUGUUCAAGGUUCUGGAACCUUUAAAGUGUCUGCCAGCCCACUAUUGAAUAAGGUGAUACUACAAACUCUAAAAGAGGUAGCAGAUCCUGUUUCUACAGACUUCACAUUGUAUACAAAACUUGGAUCUCAAGCUUUGUCAAAAAUAAUUGUACCCUUUUCUAUUGAAGAUUCUGCUUACCCAUUCCUUACUUUCUCUGGGAUCCCUUCAGUUUCCUUUAGUUUUCAAAAGGAGAAUAAACCAUAUGCUUAUCUUGGUACUAAAAUGGAUACCCUAGAGAACUUCAAGCAGUUGGUUGACUUGAAUCGUAUGUGCCAGACUGCUGCACACUUUGCUGCUCAAAUAAUAAUGCGUUUAACUCAUGAACAAAAGCUGCCGCUGGAUUACAGCAGUUACAGUGAUGUGCUCCUUAAAGUUUCUUUUGAUCUUCAACAGCAAAUUAGAGCCAUAAAGGAUUUGAACCUCACCUUGACAUGGGUUAACUCUGCAAGGGGAGACUUUUCAAGGGCUGCUGCCUCCCUCACCAAAGAAUUUACUCACUCUGAUCUCGAAAAUACACUUAUUCUACGCUCCCUAAAUGAUCGCAUUAUGAAGGUUGAACAUGGCAUGCUGUCCCCUUAUGUUUCACCAAAGGAUACACCAUUCCGUCAUAUAAUCUAUGGUACUGGAAAUCACACGGUUGCAGCUUUGAUGGACCAUCUCCGUCUGCUAAACACCAACAAGGCAGCUUUUGAUGCGGAUCUCUUUAAAAACCAGCUAGCGAUGCUUACCUGGACAUUGCAGGGAGCAGCAAAUUCUCUAGCAGGCAACAUCUGGGAUAUAGACAAUAGCUUCUAACUCUGUGUGCAUGUGUUUAAGUUUUGUCUAGAGGCUUUUUUUUCUCCCCAUCCCACCCUUGCUUACUUAAAUCUGGUAUGGUACAUAAAAGUGGAUAAUAUUGAUCAAACCAGCUUUUGCGUUUGGGCCCAAGCAUAUUUGCAUAACUGCUUGGAUCAGGGUCGGCAAUAGUUAUUUCAGCUUCCAGUGUGUGUAGCCAAGUUGGCCAGUUGUGGGAACAAAAGGCCAGUUUGGCUACAUGUUGAACUCUUAGAUCUACCUGUAAGUACCUAACCCUCUUGGUUUAUUCUCCUUCUUCUUUUCCCCCUGUCCUAAUGAAAGCACUUAUUGAUCCCAUCUUUUGUAACAUGCAAAAAGCUGUAGCACUUAAAUAAUGUACAGCAAGGAUUCCUAUACAGACGUGACCUUGAUAAUUUCAUAGUCUUUUAUAAAGUAAACAUCACACAAGUUUAACAACAAAAACAAUUGAAGAACAAGUCCUAAAACCAUUUCGCCUUACUUAUCCGAGGUAUAUAGAUUUAGAUUAAAAGCACUUCACAGAUGCAUCAAAAGCAAAAAAUAUUCCAUCUGACUCUAGCAACAAUGACUUGCUAAUUAUUACAUUUAUAUAAAAGUUAACAUGUUGCACUAGAAAUACUUGUCCAUCCACAACUUCUCCCCCU